GGGCCUCUUCCAGACCAGGCCCCUGAAGGCUUUCAUUUCACUUCUUGCCUGUCUGUGGGCUGCAGCAGGACGUGGAAAACUCCGACUUCAAGACACUCUUCCAAGCGGAAGGAUGGCCAGCACCUUCUCGAAGUUGCUCACUGGCCGCAAUGCUUCCCUGUUAUUCGCCGCCUUGGGCACCAGUGCCCUGACCACUGGCUACUUGGUGAACAGGCAGAAAAUGUACGCCGAGGCCCGAGAGCAGCACAAGCUGUUCCCUCCGAGUGCAGACUUCCCUGAUCUGCGCAAACACAACAACUGCAUGGCCGAGUGCCUGACCCCGGCCAUCUACGCCAAGCUCCGCAACAAGGUGACACCCAGCGGCUACACCCUGGACCAGUGCAUUCAGACUGGUGUGGACAACCCCGGCCACCCCUUCAUUAAGACGGUGGGCAUGGUGGCUGGUGAUGAAGAGUCCUAUGAGGUAUUUGCUGAGCUUUUUGACCCCGUCAUCAAACUGAGGCACAAUGGCUAUGACCCCAAGGUGAUGAAACACCCCACGGAUCUGGAUGCUUCCAAGGUCACCCAGGGACUGUUCGACGAGCGCUACGUGCUGUCCUCCCGGGUGCGCACGGGCCGCAGCAUCCGCGGGCUGAGUCUGCCGCCCGCCUGCAGCCGAGCCGAGCGCCGGGAGGUGGAGAACGUGGCCAUUGCGGCCCUGGAGGGCCUCAAGGGGGAUCUGGCCGGCCGCUACUACAAGCUGUCGGAGAUGACAGAACAGGACCAGCAGCGGCUCAUAGACGACCACUUUCUGUUUGAUAAGCCAGUGUCCCCUUUACUAACAUGUGCCGGGAUGGCCCGUGACUGGCCAGAUGCCAGGGGAAUCUGGCAUAAUCACGAUAAGACAUUUCUCAUCUGGAUAAAUGAGGAAGAUCACACCAGGGUGAUCUCUAUGGAAAAAGGCGGCAAUAUGAAAAGAGUGUUUGAGCGAUUCUGUCGUGGACUAAAAGAAGUAGAACGGCUAAUCCAAGCCCGAGGCUGGGAGUUCAUGUGGAAUGAGCGCCUGGGGUACAUCCUGACCUGCCCUUCCAAUCUUGGAACAGGAUUGCGAGCCGGUGUCCACGUUAGGAUCCCAAAGCUCAGUAAGGACCCCCGGUUUUCCAAGAUCCUGGAGAACCUGAGGCUCCAGAAGCGGGGCACAGGUGGUGUGGACACUGCAGCCGUGGCAGAUGUGUAUGACAUUUCCAACACAGAUCGCAUUGGGCGGUCAGAGGUCGAGCUUGUUCAGAUAGUCAUCGAUGGAGUCAAUUACCUGGUGGACUGUGAGAAGAAGCUGGAGAGGGGCCAAGAUAUUAAGGUGCCACCACCGCUGCCUCAGUUUAGCAAGAAGUGAACGCUCCUUGGCCCCAUGUAGAAGUCGUCUGUCGGCUGGCAUGACAGACGUAAAGAAAUCUCUGUCCUGAGAGUUUUUAUAGAUUUUGGAAAUAGGUGAAAUUGUGAGCCCUGUCUAGUGUGACAAUAAAACUCUCCUUAAUCUCU